AUGAAAAUGGAAAAAAAAAAUGAAAAAACGAUGCACGUCGGAUUUUUAAGAUUCUCUGUCUCUUUAAAAUUGCCAAAUAUAGAUAGAAAAAACAGAAUGUUGUCAAAGAAUCUUUUCAAAUCGAGCUGUCAAUUGGGAUUGGGAUUGCGUUCGUUCAGAAGCAGCAGUGUCUCGCUCGCCGGUGAGAAGAAGAAGUUCGAGCGUACCAAGCCACACGUCAACGUCGGUACCAUCGGUCACGUCGAUCACGGUAAGACCACCUUGACUGCAGCUAUCACCAAGUGUCUCUCGGAUCGUGGUCUCGCCAACUUCAAGUCGUACUCACAGAUCGACAAGUCGCCGGAGGAGCGUCAGCGUGGUAUCACCAUCAAUGCUUCGCACAUCGAGUACGAGUCUGACAAUCGUCAUUAUGCACACAUCGAUUGUCCGGGUCAUCAACAUUACAUUAAGAAUAUGAUUACUGGUGCCGCCCAGAUGGACGGUGCCAUCCUGGUCGUCUCGGCGCCAGACGGUCCACAGGAGCAGACACGUGAGCACGUCAUUUUGUCGCGUGAGGUCGGUAUUCCAAAGAUCGUUGUCUUUUUGAACAAGAUGGACAAUGCCGAUCCCGAUUUAGUGGAGAUCGUCGAGAUGGAGGUCAGAGAGUUGCUCGCCAAGUACGGUUUCGACGGUGAGGCCACCCCAUUCGUCAAGGGUGCCGCCGCCGUUGCCCUCGCUGAAGAUCCAGCUUCGCCAACCGAAUUCGGUCGUUUGGCCAUCGACAAGUUGGUCAGUGUUUUGGACAACGAAAUUCCAUUGCCAAAGCGUGCCAUCGACAAGCCAUUCUUGAUGCCAGUCGAAGAGGUCUUCUCCAUCUCUGGUCGUGGUACUGUCGCCACCGGUCGUAUCGACCAGGGUGUCGUCAAGGUCGGUGACGAAGUUGCCAUCGUCGGUAUCAAACCCGUACCAAAGGUGUCGGUCACCGGUUUGGAAAUGUUUGGAAAGCUGCUGGAUUUCGCUCAGGCCGGUGAGAACGUCGGUGUUUUGCUCCGUGGUUUGAAGAGAGAGGAUGUCGUUCGUGGUGAGGUUAUCUCCAAGCCAGGAACCAUCAAGGCACACACUAAAUUCACCGCCAAGACUUAUAUCCUUACCGACGGUGAGGGUGGAAGAAAGAAAGGUUUCGCCACCAACUACAAACCACAAUUCUUUAUUCGUACAUCGAACGUCACCGGACGUAUUGAGUUGCCACCAAACACCCCAAUGGCCAUGCCAGGUGACAACGUAGAACUCACAAUCGAGCUUAUUUCACCAACUCCACUCAACGAAGGUCUUCGUUUCGCCAUCAGAGAAGGUCAACUUACUGUUGGUGCCGGUAUCAUUCAAAAAGUCGUAUCAUAA